AUGAUGACCAGAAUACUCUGCAAUUCCUCGUCAUCAAUCUUCAAAAAUCUUCUUGGAUUUUCCUCCAUUCCACAAAGAUGGAUCAGGUCCAGCGAUGUCAACCGUGUCUGCCUUCUGGAAGCAACGAAGAUCAACACAGGUUUUGUAGGCGAGUGCUGUUUGAUGGCCAUAAACGCAGGCUUGUUCAUGGUCUUCAUUAAUGGACAGAACGCAAGAUUGUCGGGGAACCCGUCAAUGUACAUUUGUAACGGAACAGGACGAACACUUGGCGGGAAGUUGAACAAACCUUCUCUCACACCCAGCCAUCCGGCCAUGUCCAUGGCAUUGGAAACAGCAGUAGACAGUCCCAACAGUCUGACCGGACGUUUGGUGAAAGAAGAGAUAAAGUUCAAUCUGCUCACUAUGAUUUCCAGAAUUGGACCUCUGUCACUGGCAAGCAAAUGA